AUGGUACCCAUGGUGCAUCAGACACUGUGCUUAAGGGUGGAAUGCAAAGGCUUGAAAGGAGUAUCCCAUCCUUGGGAGCACAUAGCCAAGCAGAACAUAGAUAUAGAAUCAGUUUUGGCUGCACACCAGAGUCACCUGGACUGGCUUCUGCUUAUGAUCAGUUUAGUGUUACAGAUCAUCCAUUUGGGAAACAGCUAUCAAAGAGAGAAACAUAAAGGUAGUAGAGAAGAAGUCAACAAUGCUACAGUUCAGAAGCUCCAGCAGAAAACACUCAACUGGACUUUGAAUAAUUUUAGGGAGAUGAAUGGGAGCGUGGAGAGCUGGAGGUCUCAGGACUUGCUUCCCCAUUCCAGGGCUUUUCAAGAGCGUGCACUCCCGCCCCAGCGUUGCUGUAUGAACGGCGGCACUUGUGUGCUGGGUAGCUUCUGCGUGUGCUCCGCCCAUUUCACCGGCCGCUACUGCGAGCACGACCUGAGGCACAGUGAGUGCGGCACCCUGGUGCACGGAUCCUGGACCGUCUGCGGCUGCCGGCUCUGCAGGUGCGUCUUCGGGACCCUACACUGCCUCCCUCGCCAGACAUCCGGCCGCUGUGACCUGAAGGAAUUUCUCACCUCAUACUCGACUAGACUAAGCACACAGUGCCUGCUGAUUUUUCUCAGCUUCCUGCCCUGCUUCCUCCUGAAAUGCAUCAUCAGUGAAGGAGAGAUUGCUGCCUGGCCUGCAAGAGCCUAAUUCGAAAUUCACACCGGCAGGACCUUAGUGUCCCUGGAUC